GUCAAGUGAUCCGUUGUUAUCUCCCUUGUCCUUCCUUAAUUGCAAACAUGGCGAGCGGAGGUUCGCCAGCACUUCCACCGUGUUUCAAACCGAUUCAACAUUAUUUAAAGAUUGCCGAGGAACAUAGUAAAAGGGAUCAAGUUGUUUCAUAUUACUGUCAGCUCUAUGCCUUUCAAAAAGCAAUGGGAAUUGAUAAGAAGUCUCCAGAUUGCAGGGACUAUUUAAUGAUGCUGAUGGAUUCUCUAGAAAUGUCGAAACAGCAACUAGCUGAUAGCGAUGCCAUCCAGUCAGAAACAGUUGGGCAGGCGUAUCUGGAGGAGUAUGCCCUCAAGUUUUUCAUUGUGGCUGACAACAAAGACAGAGCUGCUCAAUUUGAUAAGAACUUGGUGAAGACGUUUUAUACAGCAGGAUUGUUGUUUGAUGUUUUAUCCGUCUUUGGCGAAACUGAUGAAGACCUUGAGAAGAACAAAAAAUAUGCCAAAUGGAAAGCAGCCUAUAUUCACAAGUGUUUGAAGAAUGGGGAAACUCCAAUUGCAGGUCCAAUGACUGACGAAAAAGAAGAUGAGGAUAACAUUAACUCAGAACCUGUUGUAUUUAGUAACGUUAUUGAACCAGGUCCAAGUGGAAUCAAUCAGAAUGCUGCUACUUCUUACCCUGAUAUGGGUUUAAGUGCAAAUGGGCCCUCCCCCAACCAGCAACCAGACAGGUUGCAGAAACCUCCAUCAGGUUCAAUGGCCCCACCGACUACUCCACAAGACAGUAUCUAUGGCAACAAUGCUGUUUCCACUGCGGGUGGAUCGUCGAUGUAUACCCCAUGGAAACCACCAGAAAAUCCAGCUGGUGUGACUCUUACCACCCAAGAUUACCAAAAAGCCAUGAAACUAUGCAAGUUUGCCAGCAGUGCUCUACAAUAUGAAGAUUCUAAGACAGCUAUUGAGAAUCUGCAGAAAGCUUUAACUUUGUUGACCACUGGACAACAACCUUAACCCUGUCCACAAAUUUAUGAUCAUACUCAAGAUAACAACGACAACAACAAUAUAUUAUUAUUAUUAUCAUCAUUAUUAUUAUUAUCAUUUUUAUUAUUAUUAUUAUAUCAUGAAAAAUUGCAGCUUUAUUUUGCUAGGUUUUAUGAAAAGUGUCAGCUGUCCACAGUCAGCAGACUAAGGUGGCACUUGUUUACUGAUCAUGCUUAUUAUUAUUGUUGUUGUUGUUAUUAUUAUAAAUUAACAUUAUUGUUAUUUA